UAUAAUAUAAAAACUGUUCUAUGCAGUUAAGGAUAACACCAUAUAAUACACUGUUCAAGAAAGGCGAUUUCAAAGAUUUCACAAUGGAUUGUAUUAUGCGAAUUUCAAGUUUGAUAGAUUCCAUGGACGCACUUAAUCAAAGAAGAGCGAAGCUGUUGGAGAGGUACUUGGAAAUCGAACGUGUCAACAUCGACCUGCAGAGUGUCUGUGAGACCAAUGUUGCUGUGAAAGAAGACGCUCCAAGGGUCGCCCUACCAGCAAAGAAUUGCAAAACCGAAUCGGAGAACGAUCCACCACCCAUGAUCCCUAAGAUCAUUCGAGUUCUGCAUGACAUGCGGCAGGAUCUUGUGCUCCUGAGGAACCUCAGAGCCUUCCUUGCGUCCUUGCGUCAGUUCAACCGUUUCGUGAACCUCUCAGGACAGCCCUUCCUAGGUCAGGAAAACAGCCAGGAUGCCAUCAGAGGUGCCUGAUCUGACUUUUGUCCAACACCAAAAUCUUUUGUUCUGGACUUCCGAUCAAUGUUAAAUGAAAAUGUAGUAUGGCCAACUAUUUUAUUUAUUAAAUUAAAUGUUACUACUGCACAGUUUAA